AUGACCACGUCGGACCUGUCGCCGCUGCUCAACCGGCCCGUCAACCUGGUGGUGCUGGAGGAGACGGCCAACGCCACGGCCACGCACACGCUGCACCUGUACGUCAUGGACCGGCGGCAGGUGCCGCGCUUCCAGCACGAGGUGUACGAGGGCGGCUCCGUGGCCGAGAACGCCCCCGCCGGCACCAUGGUGUUCGUCGAGGAGGAGGAGAACCCCGGCAUCCUGGAGGGCGUGGUCUCGGGCGUGCUCGGCGCGUGGCGGCGCGCCUCCAGCACCCCCGUGGGCGUGCGCCUCGUCACGACGCGCCCGCUGGACCGCGAGCAGGUGCCGGCCUACACGCUGACGGUGCAGGCGCAGGACGGCCUGGGCGUGUCGCGCGCGCGGGCCCAGGUGCGCGUCGCCGUGCUCGACCAGAACGACAACCGGCCCGUGUUCGUCAGCAAGGACUACCACUUCUCCGUGUUCGCCGACAACGCCACGUCGCCGCGCGGCCGCUUCCUCACCAUCGGCAAGGUGGCCGCCACGGACGCGGACGGCGACCACGUGGCGUACGCGCUCACGGCGCCGUCCAGGCUGGUGGUGGUGGUGCCGCAGACCGGCGAGCUGCUGCUGAUCGAGUUCGGGGAGGCCGACGGCGAGACCGAAGGCCGCAUCGUGUUCGCCCUGGACCGCGACUCGGACAAGGAGGCCUUCAAGAUCCGCGACCCCAACCCCUGGGUCACCGUCGACGCCGACGGCUCGGUCCGCGUCAAGAAGAAGUGGGAUUACGAGGAGCUGGCGCCCGAGAAGGUCAUUGACUUUUGGGUCAUCAUCACCAACCAGGGCGACACGGAGGAGCGACCGCGACCGCACCCGCAGCAGCACCCCCAGCACCACAACCAGCACCACGGCCACCACCAGCAGGCCGGCGCCGGCGCCAGGGAGAAGAACAACACGGACAGCCAGCGGGUCAUCAUCCACGUCAAGGACGUGAACGACGAGCCGCCCUACUUCAUCAACCGGCCGCUGCCCAUGCAGGCCGUGGUGCAGCUCAACGCGCCGCCCAACACGCCCGUCUUCACGCUGCAGGCGCGCGACCCGGACACGGACCACAACAUCCACUACUUCAUCGUCAGGGACAGGACCGGCGGUCGCUUCGAGGUGGACGAGCGGUCCGGCGUGGUGCGGACCCGCGGCACCGACCUCUUCCAGCUGGACAUGGAGUACGUGCUGUACGUGCGCGCCGAGGACCAGAACGGCCGCAUCGACGGACACAAGUACCAGUCCACCCCGGAGGAGCGGCUGUCCAUCGUGGGCGGCAAGCGCGCCCCGCAGUUCUACAUGCCGUCCUACGAGGCCGAGAUCCCCGAGAACCAGAAGAAGGACUCCGACAUUAUUUCAGUGAAGGCCAAGUCGUUUGCUGACCGCGAUAUCCGCUACACUCUGAAGGCCCAGGGGCAAGGCGCUGGCACAUUCAACAUUGGAGCUUCCAAUGGAAUCGUAAAGCUGGCUAAGGAACUCGACUUCGAAGAUCUGCGUCAGCCUCAUGUGUAUUCCUUGAUCGUCACUGCCACGGAGGACUCUGGAGGCUUUUCUACCACCGUUGGGCUCACUAUUCGAGUUACUGACGUCAAUGACAAUGCUCCUAAAUUUGAGCUGCCGGAUUACCAAGCGCACAGUGUGGAUGAAGACAUUCCCCUUGGAACCUCCAUCCUGAAAGUAAAAGCUACUGAUGCUGAUUCGGGGCACAAUGCCGAACUUGACUAUGAAGUCUCUGAUGACCACUUUAGCAUCGAUGCAGCUGGAGUUGUGAGCAACAACAAGCAGCUGGAUGCGGACAAUAACAAUGCUUAUUAUGAAUUUACUGUCACUGCCAAAGACAAAGGAGAGCCGUCUAAGACUGGAACCGCCACUGUCCGUGUUUACACCAAAAACAAGAACGAUGAAGAACCCAAAUUCUCACAGCAGGUGUACACACCGAAUGUUGAUGAGAAUGCUGGCCCUAAUACUCUCGUCACUACUGUAGUGGCAUCUGACAAAGACGGUGAUAAUGUUCGAUUUGGUUUUGUUGGAGGCGGUACCACAUCUGGUCAAUUCGUCAUUGAGGAAAUUACUGGUGUCAUCCGUCUUCAAGGCCAAAGUAUUAGCUUAGAGCGUGACAAAUACGAGCUCAAUGUAACUGCAAUGGACGAUGGCUCAUGUUGUGUUGAUGGGGACCAAACUAAACACACAUCGACUGCUGUUGUUGUCGUGUUUAUUACUGAUGUCAAUGACAAUAAACCCGUAUUCAAAGACUGUGGUACUUACUAUCCAAAGGUUGAGGAAGGUGCACCCAACAGCACACCUGUCAUCAAGGUACAUGCCACUGAUGAUGACAAGGGAGUAAAUGGCCAAGUGAAAUAUUCCAUUGUACAACAACCCAAUCAGAAAGGAACCAAGUUUAUGGUCAAUGAGGAGACGGGUGAAGUUCUGACAAACAAAGUGUUUGAUCGUGAAGGAGAUGAUGGCAAAUUUGUAUCUGUGACAGUAAAGGCUACUGAUCAGGGUGAUCCAUCUUUGGAAGGAGUUUGCUCCUUUACUGUUGAAAUUUCUGAUGUCAAUGACAACCCACCCCUAUUUGACCGACAGAAAUAUGUUGAGAAUGUAAAACAAGAUGCAAGCAUUGGAACUAAUAUACUCCGUGUAUCAGCUUCUGACGAAGAUGCUGACAACAAUGGAGCUAUCAUUUACACACUUAGUGCGCCUGUAAUGCAGUCAGAUAUUGAGUAUUUUGAAAUUCAACCAGAAUCUGGUUGGAUUGUAUUGAAGAAGCCUCUGGACAAAGCUUUAGAGGCCCUCUUACCUUCACCUCCCCAUUUCAUUCCUUUUGAGAAAGCUUUUAAUAUGCUAGAGUCCAAUAGGAACUCACUGUGCUCACACCAACUCCUUAGAGAAAGGUACCGUCUGCGUGUGCGAGCGUCAGACAAGGGAAUCCCCCCAUCGUUCGCGGAUGUGGACGUUGAGCUAGACGUCGUAGACAGGAACAAUAAGCCCCCCAUUUGGGAGGAGGGUGUGUACGGCCCCAUUCGCAUCAAAGAAAAUGUCACACACUCCAACCUUAUUGUAGCACAAAACUGCCAAGUCGUUCCUCAGUUAAUGCAAACCAAUAAAGAGACUUACAAGUUGGAGGCCACUGCUACCGACAAAGGUUACCCACCUUUGACUCGAACUGUGGAGGUCCAGAUAGAAGUGGUGGAUCGUGCGAACAACCCACCAAUUUGGGAUCAUGUUCAGUAUGGUCCUGUCUUCAUAAAAGAGAACACAGCGGUUGGGGCUAAAGUUAUUUCGGUUAAAGCCAGCUCGGGCAUCGAAGGCAACCCCACCGUCUACUACCGACUGAUGCCUGGCUCCACGGCACAAACCAACAAGUUCCACACCUUCUACCUGCAACAACGCGCGGACAACGGGAACACGUGGGCCGACAUAAAAGUGAAUCACCCGCUGGACUACGAGAGCAUAAAGGAGUACAACUUGACUAUACGUGUGGAGAACAACGGUGCCCAGCAGCUGGCCUCGGAGGCCACGGUGCACAUCCAGCUGGAGGACGUGAACGACGAGAUCCCCUUGUUCACGGAGCGCGAGCAGGAGCUGGUGCUGGAGGGGGAGCCCAUCGGCACCAGGGUCACGCAGAUCAACGCCAUCGACAAAGACGGCACCUACCCCAACAACCAGUGCCGCAGCUGCAGUGCUCACUGUCCUUGUGUGUUCCCGCAGGUGUACUACUACGUGGUGGACUCUCCGCGCAACCUCGGCAAGGACUUCUUCGAGAUCAACAUGCAGACCGGGGAGGUGUUCACGCGCAUCGUGUUCGAUCGCGAGAAGCAGGGCGCGUACGCCCUGGAGGUGGAGGCGAGGGACGGCUCACCGUCGGCGCGGCCCAACUCGCACGGACAGCCCAACUCAGGUGAGUCAGCUCGCGCGCGUUCGCUGUGGACUGUGGACGCUUUCGACUGA